UCCCAACAGCCCUCCCUUUCUAGCGUUCCUUUCUUGCCUCUUUCCCCCAACCACCUUCAAAACCAUCCCCCUUCUCCUCCCAAAAAACCAUUUCAACCAAAAACCUCCAUCAACCCCUCGCAAAUCCCAUUUCUUCGCCUCUCUGAUCAAACUUUAUGCAUAUCCCACUGCCGAUUACUAAAUCCCUAAAGAUCUCCCUCUUCCCCAUCUCCUUCAUUCCCCAUUUCCCUCCAUGCUUCGCAAGAACUCCACUCCCAUUCCGUUUUCCAAAUUUCUCGCUAAAAUGAAUCAAAUCCUGCCCACCCACUUUCUUAUCCAACUCUCUCUCCCUCUCUCUCUGCAGUAGAGCCAGCAAAGAUGGCCACUACCGUCUCAAAACCCUCCCCAAGGCUCUCCAAAUCUCCCUCCCAGUCCCAAAGCUCUCCCCGUUCCGUCUCCACUCCCAAGUCCUCCUCUUCUUCGUUUUCUUCUCAUUUGGCCAUGGUGGAGCUCAAGUCCCGGAUGCUAUCCGCCCUCUCCAAGCUCUCCGAUCGCGAUACCCACCAGAUCGCCGUCGACGACCUCGAAAAGAUCAUCCGCACUCUCCCUUCCGACGGCGUUCCCAUGCUCCUCAACUCCCUCCUCCACGACCCUGCCCAUCACACCGACCCCAAUUCCCGGCAAAUUCACACCGUCGCCUGCCGCAAGUCCCUCCGCCUCCUCGCCCUCCUCUGCUCCUCCCACCCCGACCACGCCUCCGCCCACCUCCCCAAGAUUAUCGCCCACCUCGUCCGCCGCCUCAAGGACCCCGCCUCCGACUCCUCCGUCCGCGACGCCUGUCGCGACGCCGCCGGCUCCCUCGCUGCCCUCUACCUCCGUCCCUCCACCGCCGCCAACCCUGAGGACACCUCCGCCGUUGCCGGCGGCGGUGGGUCCUCCUCCCCGGUUGUUUCGCUGUUUGUGAAGCCCUUGUUCGAGGCGAUGGGGGAGCAGAACAAGGCGGUGCAGGCCGGGGCGGCGAUGUGCCUCGCUAAAGUGGUGGAGUGUGCUAGGGGUGGUGGGGAUGGGGAAGGGGGACGGCCGGCGACGGGUGGAGCGGCUUUUCAGAGGCUGUGCCCCAGGAUCUGCAAGCUUCUUGGUGGACAGAGCUUUCUGGCAAAGGGCGCGCUGCUUUCGGUUGUUUCUAGCUUGGCUCAGGUAGGAGCACUCGUCCCCCAGAACAUGCAACAAGUGCUGCAAAGUGUUCGUGAAUGCCUUGAGAAUAGUGACUGGGCUACCCGAAAGGCAGCAGCUGAUACAUUGAGUGUGCUGUCAUCUUCUUCAAGCCAUCUGAUUGCUGAUGGGGCUGCUCCAACAAUAGCCGCUCUAGAGGCUUGCCGUUUUGAUAAGGUGAAACCUGUUAGAGAUAGCAUGAUGGGGGCAUUGCUGUCAUGGAAGAAGAUUGCAGGAAAGGUAGAAGAUGGAACUUCAGAGGACUUAAAAGAUGGUAACAAUUGUGAAUCAGCUGAUACUGAAGAAAAGUCGGAUAAUAAAAGGUCAAAUGCAAGCAAUAGAAGAUCAGAGUUUGUUAAAGAUUCAUCUGCUACUUCUUCACCUACUAAUGGUGAUACUCUCUCGACAGAGAAAGGUAGUAACAUACCCGAGAAAGCAGCUGUUUUAUUGAAGAAAAUAGCACCUAUGUUGACUGACAAAGAGUUGAAUCCAGACUUUUUCCAAAAGCUUGAAACAAGAAGUUCUGAUGACUUGCCUGUAGAAGUAGUGGUACCUCAUAGGUGUCAUCAGUCUUCCCACUCACAAGGUGUAGAAGGACCAGAAUUGUUUGAUAGUGAUUCCAGGGGCACACCUCAGGGCACAUCAAAUCAUGAUGGUUUGGCAUGCCAUGAGUUGAAUGACAUUCAAGGAUGUGUCCAUGCUAAUUAUCAGAAUGCGGGGAAAAGAGUUGGGUUGUACAAUAAACUACAAGAGUCAGGUGAUUCUGCUCAGGAUAAGUGGACAGAACAAAGAGAAUUUCGGGUGAGAGACUCAAAAGGAAGGGUUAUUGAUGAUAGGGUUGAAGUCAGCCAGAGGGUUCCCUCUGCCUGUGUAAAUAUCUUCAGACCUGAUGUUCAUGCUGAAGGGUCCUUCAUAAAUAACAAAGGGAACUGGUUAGCCAUUCAGAGGCAAUUAUCACAAUUGGAGAGGCAACAAGCCAAUCUUAUGAACAUGUUGCAGGAUUUUAUGGGAGGCUCCCAUGACAGCAUGAUAACUCUAGAAAACAGAGUUCGGGGUCUUGAGAGGGUUGUUGAGGAGAUGGCACGAGAUUUGGCAAUAUCAUCAGGAAGGAGAGGUGGUAACAUGGUGCUAGGUUUUGAGUCAUCUCCUGGUAGGUCCUCGAGCAAGUAUAUUGGCCUUCAUGACUAUUCAAGCUCAAAUUUUGGCAGGGGGGGUGAUGGGCGGAUUCCUUUUGCAGAAAGAUAUCUCUCAUCAGGUAGCAUAAUUUCUGGAUUUAGGGGAAGAGAUCCCCCUUGGAGAUCAGAUUCUGAAGCAUGGGAUGCUUACGGAUAUACAACCCUAAGAAAUGGAGUCAUGAACUCUAGGAGAGGUACUGGAGCUGUUGCUGUUGAUGGUAGGGCACCUAGAACUGAACAGGAUAGUGAUCAAGUUGGCAACAAGCGAGCUUGGGACAAGGGGCAAGGACCAUUUAGGCUUGGUGAGGGUCCUUCUGCAAGAAGUGUUUGGCAAGCCUCAAAGGAUGAGGCUACUUUGGAAGCUAUCCGGGUUGCUGGCGAGGAUAAUGGGACCUCGCGAGUUGCAAAACGAACAACUAUUCUAGAGCUCAAUGCUGAAGCUUUGACAGAUGAUAACCCGGGACAAGAAAGGGGUUCACUUUGGGCUUCCUGGACCCGUGCUAUGGAUUCUAUUCACAUUGGUGAUAUGGAUUCAGCAUAUGCUGAGGUUCUUUCUACAGGUGAUGAUCUGUUACUUGUAAAGUUGAUGGAUAAAUCUGGUCCGGUUGUUGAUCAACUUUCCAGUGAGACAGCAAGUGAAGUCUUGUGCAUGGUUGGACAAUUUCUUAUGGAACAAAGCUUGUUUGAUAUAGCUCUGACCUGGCUUCAACAGUUGACUGAUCUGGUCGUGGAAAAUGGAGCUGACGUGCUCAGCAUCCCCAUUGAAGGGAAGAGAGAGAUCUUGUUGAACCUUCGCCAAAUUUCUGCAAUCGAACCACGGGAGGAUUGGGAAGGGGCUACACCAGAUAAGAUAAUGAUGCAGUUAGCGUCCUCUUGGGGAAUCAAUUUACAACAGCUUAUCAAGUAGAAUCCUAGGUGAUCUCUCAUGGGUUGUGUGUACUUUGUUUUCUUAUAAUUUUUUGAUAGGCUUGGUUCUUAAGAAGCAUAUUGCAUUAUAUGUAAAUAAAUAUAGAGGGAAGAUGGAACAUGCACUACUCAUUAGCCACAAAUAUUGUUUUGGUGUUUUUUAUUUGUUUAUUUACCAAAUUUUCUUUCCCACCA